AUGGCUCUUCUCGGCCCCUACCUCCGAGACUUCCAUGUUGCGUACGAGCAUUUUGUGGGUGGACUUUCAAUUAUCACUAAUACUUUGCUAAUUUACUUGGCUAUCAGAAGAAGCAACUCGCAUAUCAGGAAGUACAGUGUUAUUCUGAUCAUUUCUAGCGUAAUUGACCUCAUUUUCAACACAUUCGGCAUAAUCUUUUCACCGGUAAGAGCUCCAAGGUCUUUGGGAAACGCGAAAUAAUCGAGACACUUCUUCUAGUCGUUAUCCUUUCAGAUUGUUGAGAUCCAGCAAGGCAAAAUUUUCCUCUUUCUCGGUGGGCCCUUCGAGCAUUUACCUCCAAAACCAACAGGGAUAAUUUGCAUGACUUAUCUUGUUUCUAUCUUUUGCACUGUGAUCAACAUUCCUAUGCAGUUUUUCUAUCGAUAUACGGCGGUUUGUUUGUAAGUAAGCCCUGUUUUGCCAUUCAAUGGUUGGAUUCUGCGGCUGACCUACAGUUUCCACGAAUUUUAGAAUUCUUGUAUUACAUAUAUAUGUGUUAUACGUAUAAUACAGGGUGUUUCAAGAAAUUUGGCAGAAACUAGCUGCGAAUAUUUUUGAGCUCUUGCUAGUUAUCGCAGAAAUUCUUUUUGUUUCUAAAACUUGACAGCGGGCGGUUUUGUACUGAACAAAAAAAAAUUUUUUCGUCGGCGGAGAGGCCAGUUCUCGGCGGAGACAUUUGGGGCCUUUUUUAAAAAUCACACCUUAUUACAUCGUGGAAACUCUGUUACAGUGGCCAAAAUCAUGUUUACGUUAAACCUCCGUGGAUUUUGCGGUAUGCUUUUUUUUGUUUUCGAUUUUCGCUCAUCCGCGGAGGCACGGCGGAGACCUCAGGUUUCGGCGGACGUCGUUUUGACUCUUUGGAUCAUUCAAUUCAGGUUGGAAAAAAGUGUGGGGUGAUUUUUUGUUGUCAUCCGAUGCACAGAUGCAAAAAUUUCGCACUUUUUUCCCCGGCGGAGGAUUCGGCGGAGGCUUUAUCAAAGGGUCAGAACAGUCUUAGGAGUCUGGGAAAAAAACUCAGCUACAAGAAUCCAUCACAGCAACAUCAUUUUUCUUAUUUUUUGGUCCGGCGGACACAUCGGCGGAGGAUUCGGCGGAGGCUUUAUCAAAAGAGUCAAACUUUUGUUUUGACCCUUUGAUAAAGCCUCCGCCGAAUCCUCCGCCGGGGGAAAAAAGUACAAAAUUUUUGCCAUCUGUGCAUCGGAUGACAACAAAAAAUCGCCCCAACCUUUUUUCCAACAUGGAUUUGCAAAAACCGAGGGCCCAAAACAAAGUCCGCCGAAAUGUGAGGUCUCCGCCGCGCCUCCGCGGAUGUUGCGUAAAAUCGAAAACGCAAAAAAAGCAUACCGUAAAAUCCACGGAGGUGUAACGUAAACAUGAUUUCGGCCGCUGUAACAGAGUUUCCGCCAUGUAAUAAGGUGUGAUUUUUAAAAAAGGCCCCAAAUGUCUCCGCCGAGAACUGGCCUCUCCGCCGACGAAAAAAAUUUUUUUUUGUUCAGUACAAAACCGCCCGCUGUCAAGUUUUAGAAACAAAAAGAAUUUCUGCGAUAACUAGCAAGAGCUCAAAAAUAUUCGCAACUAGUUUCUGCCAAAUUUCUUGAAACACCCUGUACUGUAAACACCCUAAGCUCUUCUCAACCAUUGCAGAAACCACCAGCUCACAAUCUCCAAUUACCUGAUUCUCUACCUGCUUGCACUCCCAGUCCCGAUAGCUCACUGUAUUUGGGGAUAUUAUGUCUUCUAUCCCCACGGAGAUGUAGUUUCUUCGCAUUUGCCCCUUCUCAAGUAAGUCAUGCUCCCUUGACCCCAUUAUGUCACAAAUUUUCUUAUUGUAUGUAAUUCGUAUUUCAGAGCGGAUCCAGUUUGGGGAACAGAUACACCCACCUUCUUCGUUGCUGACCAAAAAGAUCACUACGCAAGAAUGCAUUUUGUCACAAGUUUUGUCAUUGUCGGUGCCUGCUAUGUAGUGGUGACAAUUACGGGCCUGAAGAUUUAUCUACAAUUGCGCAAACUACAAUCCUGCAUGUCCAGAGGGAAUGUGGAAACUCAAGGUCAACUCACCAAAAUAUUGUUAAUUCAGGUAAGAAAAUAAGGUGCUCUUUUGUACAACAAACAUCAUCUUCAGGCAAUAAUUCCGUUCGUCUGCCUCUCCGGCCCUGUAAUGAUUGGAACCGCGUUCUCUUUACUGUCAAUAAGCAUUCCUUUGUUAGGGUAUACCAUGACUUUUGCUGCCAUGUGGUUGCCUGUUGUGAAUUCAGUAUCCGCCAUUCUAAUUGUCCCGAAUUUUCGAAGAUUUUUCUUUUUCAAGCCCGGCCGAAAGGACACCGUCGGGUCAACAACUCGUUCAGUCAGCCGACUUGUGGCUUGGGAUAAGAACAGUAAAAAUAAGAUUACCCCAAGAUGA